CCCCUGAACUUUGUGGCCUGAUUUUCACACCCUCUUCAGCCUGAAGGAUUCUAUCGGGCAUCUUCCAGAGAGCUGGCUCAGUGCUCCUGAAUUCCUUUGUGCUAUUUUUUACCGUGGAUAGUUUAAAACAUUUCCUUCUGUUAUGACAGAUAGCUUCGUUGAAUACAGCAGCCUGGGUUGGCAGUUAUAGGAUUAUCUUUUACAACUUGAAUUCAUCACUGCACAUCCUCGGGCUUUUACCCUUUCAGUUGAAGGAAUAAUAACGGUUUUCUGAUGGGCCUGCCUUUAUAUGCGAAUGGCGUUUUUCUCCUGGAGCUCUCAGCCUGGACACAGAGCACACACCCCAGCUCUGUCUCUUCACCAGUCUGCAUUUUCCCACAACUCCUGGCUUCUCUCAGCGUGAGCUCUCCCACCUACUUCGAUCUGAACGAACUCUGGCUCCUCAACUGGGAAUUUUAAUCUUCAGAAUCUGAUCUAGUCGGUUUCAGCACUGCUAGACUCUUUGUUUCCGGAAGCCUAGUCUCCACCCAGAACGUGGAUGACUUGUGGAGAACUUGAAUUCUGAUAGGCUGUGCAACUGGUGGGCAGAGGCUCAGAGCCUCUCGGUCCUGCACUGAAAAAUACUGCCUGCUGCCCUCUAGCCUGCUGUACAGUGGACCUGCGGAGCCUGGGGAGAACGGGAGAGAUUGUAAAUUUUGGGUCUCAAUACACCUUUGUCCUGGUUCAGAUAGAAGGCAUUGAAUCCCUGAGGAUUCCCUGCUUGCCUGGGCCUGUGACACUGGAUUGACUCCAACUGCUUCGGGUUGGCGCCGCCCCCUCAUUUUGGCUUCCUGCCCAGGCUGGGAGGCGGCCACCCGGCCUGGGAACCUGGGAAGGAUUGGAUCAGCCCACCUCAUCGUCCUGCUGCAGUCAGUAGCCGGGAACAAAAACAUUAACAGAGAAGAGCGGAAGUCUCUGGGACUCCUGAGAAAAGGAUGCUACAGCUGAGCCUGUCCUGGCUGGGCCGGGGGCCAGUGACUGUCUCCCCAUGGCAGCUUCUGCUGGUGGUUGGGACCUCCUUGCUUCUGGCUCGAAUUCUGGCCUGGAUCAGUGCUUUCUAUGACAACUACUGCCGUCUCCGCUGCUUCCCUCAGCCCCCUUCACGGCACUGGUUUUGGGGUCACUUGAACUUGGUCAAGAACAAUGAAGAAGGCCUGCAGUUGUUGGCUGAAAUGAGCCACCAGUUCCAGGAUAUCCACCUCUGUUGGAUUGGGAUCUUCUACCCCAUCCUGAGGCUUAUCCACCCCAAGUUUAUUGGCCCCAUACUCCAGGCCCCAGCUGCGGUGGCUCCUAAGGAAAUGAUUUUCUAUGGCUUCCUGAAGCCCUGGCUGGGGGAUGGGCUGUUGGUGAGUGCUGGUGAGAAAUGGAGCCGCCAACGUCGCCUGCUGACACCUGCGUUCCACUUUGACAUCCUGAAGCCCUAUGUGAAAAACUUUAACAAGAGUGUGAACAUCAUGCACGCCAAGUGGCAGCGUCUGACCGCCAAGGGCAGCGCCCGUCUGGACAUGUUUGAACACAUCAGCCUGAUGACCUUGGACAGUCUGCAGAAAUGUGUCUUCAGCUUCGACAGCAACUGUCAGGAGUCUCCCAGUGAAUACAUAGCUGCUAUUCAGGAGCUCAGCUCCCUCAUAGUGAAACGGCAUCACCAGCCCUUCCUGUACAUGGACUUCCUGUAUUACCUCACUGCUGAUGGGCGGCGCUUCCGCAAGGCCUGCGACCUGGUGCACAACUUCACGGAUGCUGUCAUCAGGGAGAGACGUCGCACCCUCUCCAGCCAAAGCGUUGAUGAGUUCCUGAAGUCUAAGACUAAGUCUAAGACUUUGGACUUCAUUGAUGUGCUCUUGCUGGCCAAGGAUGAACAUGGAAAGGAGCUGUCAGAUGAGGACAUCCGGGCAGAGGCUGACACCUUCAUGUUUGGAGGCCAUGACACCACAGCCAGUGCACUCUCCUGGAUCCUGUACAACCUGGCGAGGCACCCGGAGCACCAAGAGCGCUGCCGGCAGGAGGUGCGGGAGCUGCUGAGGGACCGGGAACCUGAGGAGAUUGAAUGGGACGACCUGACCCAGCUGCCCUUCCUGACCAUGUGCAUCAAGGAGAGUCUGCGGCUGCACCCCCCAGUCACAGUCAUCUCCCGAUGCUGCACCCAAGACGUUGUGCUUCCAGACGGCCGGGUCAUCCCAAAAGGAAACGACUGUAUCAUCAGCAUCUUUGGGGUUCAUCACAACCCUUCAGUCUGGCCAGACCCUGAGAGACCUGACCCAACAGCCUUGUCUUGGUUGAUCUUCAGGUCUAUGACCCCUUCCGCUUCGACUCAGAAAACCCACAGAAGAGGUCUCCUCUGGCUUUUAUUCCCUUUUCUGCCGGGCCGAGGAACUGCAUAGGACAGACUUUCGCUAUGAACGAGAUGAAGGUGGCGGUGGCGUUGACGCUGCUGCGCUUCCGACUCCUGCCAGAUGACAAGGAGCCGCGCCGGAAGCCGGAGCUGAUCCUGCGCGCGGAGGGCGGGCUGUGGCUGCGGGUGGAGCCGCUGAGCACAGGCGCUCAGUAACACCAUCUAAUGUCCCAGUCACUCUCCUCUGCACAAUUCAGAAAAAGCGGAGCCUCACCGAGAGCCAGCAGGGGGCGCUGCAGGACAACAGACUCUGGGAGCCUGGCUAGGGCUGCUGUCUGAGUCCAAGAGCCUUUCUAGGUGACCCACCGGGCCCACAGACUGAUGAGAGUUGCACCCAAGCUCAAGAAAGGCCUUUGUUCCUUUGGCAAUAGGGAGGCACCAUAGAUCUUUAAGCAGGAGAGAUAUAAGGUUUACUGGCAGAUUUGAGGCAGUUUACUUCUUUCUUUUGUGUUUGAGACAGAGUCUCAGCUUUCAGUGGAUACUGCAGGCAGGCCUUUAACUUGCAGCAAAUCUCUGGCCUGACCACUCGAGUGGCAAUUAGAAAGUGCACCACUGGGCUGGAGAGAUGGCUCAGCGGUUAAGAGCACCCGACUGCUCUUUCAGAGGUCAUGAGUUCAAUUCCCAGCAACCACAUGGUGGCUCACAACCAUCUGUAAAGAGAUCCGAUGCCCUCUUCUGGUGUGUCUGAAGACAGCUACAGUGUACUUAUAUAUAAUAAAUAAAUAAAAAAAAAAAAAAAAGAAA